AUGGUCUUUCCCAGAAACUUGGUCAUAACUGUCUUAAAAAAGUGCAUCUAUUCUGAUGAAAGGGUAUUCAAUACGCGACUUUUUCAUGAUGUCGGAAAAGGAAUAGACGCUGGAGCUCUCAUCGGCCCGAUAAUGACCCCUUUCGUGGACAUGUAUGAGAUGAUGCAACAGAAGGCCAAAAUCGCUCGGGAACGAGAGGAAAGUCCUUUGAGCAGCUCAAAAAGUAUCUUUGAUAUAAUUGAUCGUUUAAAACAGCCGAGCACGACAACGACUCCUCAGCCGCCUUUAAUAGAAAGACUCUUGAGACCGUACAUCGAACCGUGGAAGCAACAGUUAGAUGACUUCUCAAAAGGCAUCACCACCUCCACAAUACCAACGCCGUCGACUGCUUCGCCAAGAACGACCACCUUUCGGCCAGAAAAUUUUUUUGAAUUAGUUCAGAAAAGAAUGACAGCAGUUUUCCGAAAUAAGAGACAAGUUAUUUCGCCAAAACCAGAUCCCCUUAAUUCAAUCACAGGAGUUGAUGAGCCUUUCCUGCAGUUAACCAAUCCUUUCACACCUAAUCCUCUCAUGUCUCUGUUUACAACUCUUCAACACUUUCCAGAACUACCACCACUUCAAAUCAACAACAUACCUAACAAAGACAUAUUUCUUGUGAAGCCAACCUUGCCAGAGACUCACUUCAAAUUACGUGAUCCAUUUUACAACCCUCUUUUUCCCAAUAGGAAAAACAAACUGUUUGACUUGCUGGCGGGCGGUGAAGCAGCUCACAAGCAAAGAUAG